ACCAUUAGCUUUUAGCAAUGAUAUUCACCUCACUCACCACCAUGAUCAUAUCUGUCGCAGCGAUGGCUAGUGUAGCUGUCGCCUCUGACAACCUGAUAAUAAGUCCCAUGGGGCUACCUUGCGGCUCCCCUAAUACGGUGGGGUGCUCAGCCAUCAAAGGUUGGAACAACGAUAACGAUUUCGGUUAUCUUUGUGGACCCAAUAGCAUCAUUGAUGACUAUCAGGACUGCCCGUUUGUUAGCGAGCCCGACAUGAUGUGUGCCAGGGGGCAAAGGAGUGGAAGAGUGGGAUACCAUUAUUGUAUGCUUGCCCAUCUAGCCAGGCUCUGCCCACCGCUGUCUCACCGUCUAUGGGCUGCUGGUGCGACAGUGCGCGCCAAGCACAAGAGUAGGACGACUGACCAAGUAGGCUUACUGAAGCACCUGACCAAGUUGAGGGUGAAGCAGAGCUGGUGGCCUGGUUUCCGCGGCGGCGCACCACCAUCAGGACGUAAGAAUCAUACCAUUCUGAAAGGAGCACGACAUCAGCAACAUCAGCUUCUUCGUCAUGGGAGCAUACAAGAUGCAGAGCCACGGAAAAAACCUGGUAGUGGUUCGGCAUCAUGCAUCAUGCAUCAAGGCUUCUAUAAUGAAAAGUGA